GCGGGGCGGGCCGGGCCGGGGGCAGCUCGGGGCUCGGUCCGACCGGAGCCUCUCCAUGCUGGUGUUGUAUGGAAGCUGUCGGGACGGGAAGCCUACACGGAGAGCUGCAGCAUGGGACCAGAGAGGAUGCCGCCGCCGCGCUACCAGAACGGGGACACGGUGAUGGGCCGCUGGCCGGGCAGCAACCUCUUCUACGAGGUCAAGGUGCUGAGCUACGACGCCCGGGAGCAGCUCUACACCGUCAUCUACAAGGACGGCACGGAGCUGGAGCUCAGCGAGCAGGACAUCAAGAGUGCGACCGGGUUCCGGCAGCGCUCCCGGUCGAGGUCCCGCUCCCCGUCCCGGCGCCGGAGCCGCUCGCGCUCCCCGGGCCGGACCACCCGCCGCUCCUCCUCGCGGACCGCCGCCGCCGUGGCAACCGCCAACAUCACGGAGAGCGCCCCCCCCACCUCCUCGUCCGCCUCCAGGCGGUCGGAGAGGGUGAAGGAGGUGCUGGAAGUCCGCCUCACGCCCGUGCAGGUUACUAGGACAGAGGAGAAAAACGGCAGCAACCAUGAGAAGAGUGAACACAACGAUACCAACCAGAAGGCGGAGCCCAAGGCGGAGCCGGAGAAGAGCCAGAGCCGCUACAACCUCCGGCGCCGCAAGGACGACCCGGCCGUGGAGCCCGCCCCCCUGGAGGAGGAGCCGGAGGCGGAGCAGACGGAGGCUCCGCCCCCCGCGGGCAGCCCCCCGCUGGACUUUGGAGGCCGGAUAGGGGCCUACCUGUGGCUGCUGUUCCUGCCGUCCUGGGUUCUGUUUGUGGUGCUGCAGGUGAACCUGGAGGACCCCAGCCUGAUCCACUUCCCCCCGCCGCUGCCCCCGCUGGAGGCCUUCUGGGACCCCCAGGCCCUGGUCCUGGUCCUGCUCUGGGUCCUCUUCCAGGCCCUGCUCUACCUGCUGCCCGUCGGCAAGCUGAGUGAAGGCAUGCCUCUGCGAUCUGGAGAGAGACUGAAGUACAGAACCAACGGGUUCUUUGCCAUCGUGGUGAGCGGCGUUGCCGUGGCAGCGGCCGUCCACCAGGGCGCGGACCUGUCCUACAUCCACUCCCACUUCCUGCAGCUGGCCGCCGCUUCCUUCCUGCUCUCCCUGCUGCUCAGCGUCUACCUGUACGCCCGCUCCCGCCACGCCCCCACCCCGGAGCGCGCCCUGGGGGGCAACUCGGGGAGCCUGAUGUACGACUUCUUCAAGGGCCGCGAGCUGAACCCCCGCAUCGGGACCUUUGACCUCAAGUUCUUCUGUGAGAUGCGCCCCGGGCUGAUUGGCUGGUGUGUGAUCAAUGCCUCCCUGGCCGUGGCUGAGAUGCGGCUCCAGGGUCUGAGCUCUCCCUCUCCUGCCAUGCUGCUGGUCAACGCCUUCCAGCUGCUCUACGUGGUGGACGGCCUCUGGAACGAGGAGGCCAUCCUGACCACCAUGGACCUGAUGCACGACGGCUUCGGCUUCAUGCUGGCCUUCGGGGACCUGGUGUGGGUGCCCUUCACCUACAGCCUGCAGGCCUACUACCUGGUGGAGCACCCCCACGGCCUGGCCCCCCCCGCCCUGCUGGCCAUCCUCACCCUCAAGCGUCAGUGCCCCCCUCUCAACCCCUCUCACCCCCUCAGCCAGGUUCAAGAGGAAGCAGAUCUAUCGCAGCGAGUUUAA